GCUUUGGUGCGCAUUCGAGCUUGCCGCAUUUCUCUUCAGCCAUGGUGAGGAGGCCAACCUUUACAUUCGGCCAACACACCUCGGCUUGAGCAUGAUUGUGCUGUAUCUCAGCCUUUGGGGAACCAUGCUGGGAGUUGAUCUCUUUGCACCUGGAGCCAACUCCUGGUAUUGGUUCCUGCUCGUUCUUUGCGCCCUUUGCAUCAUUGGAUUUUAUUUUGUGGUGGACACCUUCCGUAGCUACUUGGCAUCGGUGCAGAAUUUGCAGGAGAAGCUGAGCAGGUUCGCUUUUGCAGACACGACCUGCCAUUGCUGUUCAGUCAACCAUCUCCGUCGAGAUGGCACGAAGAUGCUGUGUGAUCGGGAAAUCCUGCAGAAGUGCAUUCGCAGCUGGUUCGGAUCUAUCGACAAUUUCGACAAGUCGGUUCAGUCGUCGGUAUCUGCAGCCUUUCGGAAACAGCUUGGCAGGAAUACGCUGCCAUACCUAUGGAUGCUCGGCGUUGGGUCACCGAUUCUCUGGGCUUUGCUGAGCAUCGUCGUCCAAGAGCUGCUUAUUGGAGAUUACACCCUCUUCGUUCGAGACACCGUCUAUUUGCUGGCAUAUUGGCUCCUGGCGCUUCCGUUAAUCCUGGCCGUGACGUUCAAGCUGGUAUUCUGCAUGCGGAAACGCCGCGGCUGCAUUGUCGACUUCUUCUUGAACAGCUUCUGCGUGCUGGUCAUUUUGGUAAUGUUCGCGGCAGUCGACAUGUCCAACGUGAUGAUCAAGAACCUGCUCACUGCCACCUCGCUAGCAGAGGAUGUCGUCGAGGUGCUUCAUGAGCUCGUCUGGGCAGUGCUACUGCUGCUAGGCGUCUUGUGUGUUUGGCGCCAUUCCAUCGUCGAAUGGCUCAGAGUUGAAGCGGUCAGAGAGACCCCUGCGACGUUGCCUAUUGUCUCCGCCGUCGGCAGUGGCCAUGGCCACGUCAUCUUUUGA